CCCUGUCCCAGCUGGGCACCCAGGAGUGCCCUCGGAUCCCCCUGAGGAACCUAUGCAGCAAGGAUGUGCCAGGAGAGGUACUGUCAGGUGCCCCAGUGGAUCUGCACCAAACAUGAGAGGCCACAGAGCUCUGUGGGAGACAUACCGAGGUUGGAGGCGCGCCACAUGGCUGCUGCUCUCCUUCCUGGUGUCUCUGCUCCUGGUGGCUGUCAGCAUCGUCCUCCAUUUCGGAGACUUUAAAAUGACAAAGAGAUCCAUUGCAUUCAAUGUUACCAAUCCAAUCCACGUUCUUUCACUUGUGCGCCUGGUGAACGGCAACAACCGGUGCGAGGGGCGCGUGGAGGUACAGCACAAUGGCACCUGGGGCACGGUCUGUGACGAUGACUGGGACAUGGUGGACGCCAACGUGGUGUGCCGCCAGCUCCGGUGCGGGUCCGCCGUGGCGGUGGCCAGCAGCUCGGCCUAUGGCCAGGGCUCGGGCCCCAUCCUGCUGGACAACGUGGACUGCAAGGGCGGGGAGCGCGACCUGGGCCAGUGCGGCAGUCUGGGCUGGGGGAUCCACAACUGCUACCACUACGAGGAUGUGGCCAUCACCUGCCGAGACACGACAGGGCUGGAAUCGCGAGGACACGGAGAAUUCACCACCCCACCUCGCCGGAACAAAGGCCCGAGGGACGGCUCCAUCCGGCUAAUAGGAGGGCCAAACCGCUGUCAGGGGCGGGUGGAGAUCUAUCACCGCGGAAACUGGGGCACAGUAUGUGAUGACGACUGGGACCUGAAGGAAGCGGGCGUGGUGUGUCAGCAGAUAGGGUGCGGCCACGCCCUGUCCCCCACCACCAACGCGUACUUUGGCUAUGGGACAGGCCUGAUCCUCCUGGACAACAUUAACUGCGCGGGCCAUGAGGCACACCUGGCGGCCUGCUCCAGCCUGGGGUGGAGCAUCCACAACUGCGGUCACCACGAGGAUGCUGGGGUCAUCUGCUCAGGGACAGGGUAUACAACGGCUCGUCCGCUGAUCACUUGGACAGAGAGAAAUGGAAGGUUCUUUGAGACGGAGAGCACAGCAGUAACAGAUAUUACAGUUCCAGUCACUGAAACACCAACCCCUCAAACUACUGCUGAGCCGACAACAAAAGCCUGGCCCAGAAUCCGCGUGGCGAACGGGAACAGCAGCUGCCAGGGGCGAGUGGAGAUCUUCUUCCACAGUGUGUGGGGGACCGUGUGCGAUGACGAAUGGGACCUGGCCAACGCCCAGGUGGUGUGUCGGCAGCUGGGGUGCGGCCCCGCCAUUUCGGCUAAGCCGCUCGCCUUCUUCGGGUACGGCGCGGGACCCAUCCUGCUGGACAACGUAGACUGCAAUGGGUACGAGGGCUCCCUGGCCGACUGCUUCCACCUGGGCUGGACCCAGCACAACUGCGGCCACCACGAGGACGCGGGGGUCAUCUGCUUACGUAAGGCGGUCCUUUCCCGAGAGUUCGACAGUGCAGACAAACUGGACACGACAGGAACACCAGCAGAAGGGACCCUGAGGCUGGUGAAUGGCCAGCACAGCUGCGAGGGCCGGGUGGAGAUGUUCUUCCAGGCGCACUGGGGGACCAUCUGCGAUGACGCCUGGGACCUCCCCGACGCCCAGGUGGUCUGCAGGCAGGUGGGUGGCUGCGGGGAGGCCACCCACGCCUGGGGAGAGGCCUUCUUCGGCCGGGGAAAUGGCACCAUCCUCCUGGACAAUCUCAAAUGUAGUGGCCUGGAGGUCUCCCUCUUGGAGUGCUCUCACAUACCCUGGAACGUCCACAACUGUGACCACUCGGAAGAUGCUGGCGUGAGCUGCGUGCUGUUGUGA